AUGCUGCUCUGCUCGUUUUCCAACAAACGGGACGCGCAGCGUCUGUAUUGUUCCGAGUAUUGGCACUUCUUUAAACGCACAUGGACUGAUGCUCAUCGGUCGGUCUUCAUUGUGGCGGCUUUUCACAAGAAUAGAAAAUUCAUUUAUAUCUUUGAUUCCGACGAAGCGUCUUUGAUUGUGGCUGCCGCAACGUUAAUUCCCGUGGCGACGAGCACAAGGGACGCCCUUGCCCAUCUGGCUAGAGCCAAGCUGGGACUGGUUACAAAGUGCGCCUACAUCAUCGUCGCUGUUCUGGGGCGAGGAAUAGCUCCUGUACCACACCCUGCCAGCUCGCAUUAUGUUCGAUGGCACCAGCGUUUCUGGAAAAGUGGUCAAAUUUACCGGAGUCUUCGGAUUCUUUCCAUAACUGACUCUCGUACCAUCUCAUACAUUCUUGGAGAAGGGAUCUACAGCUUCCCGAAGCCCAACGGAGUUCGGGAGCAACUCUCGGCGAGGGCAUUCUCUGGGUGGAAGGUAUUCAUGUCGUCCAAACUGAUCCAACGAUAUGGGGGUCUGAUGCGGAACACUUUCGUCCCGAACAUUGGUUGGAACGUAAGGAAGAGGGCAUUAGACAUGGGUGAGAAAUAUUUUCCUUCAGCGAGGGACCUCGCUCGUGCAUCGGGAAGGCAUCUACGACGUGUGAGAUUAAGGAAGGCUUGCGGCCCAUAUUCAAUUUACUUUUUAAAUGUUGACCCCACAACAGAGUUGUCAUUCGUCCUUGUAUCAAGGGUCAUGGACCAAGUUCCUUGUCGCUCAGAAACGAAAGGAGCGCAUGGGUACACUCCAUCAAGUCUUCUAGUUAAACAAGCGUUCAGCGAACAAGCGUACCGAAAACACCAGCCCCUGAGGAGCCCUGAGACCGAUCGAUGCGAUAAAGCCAUGAUCAGCACCCACAGCUAA